AAUGACUCCAGACCAGGAAGUAAAAAUACCUGAAUCGCCAUGUUAAUUUGAAAAGAUUUCUAUUAAUCGCCCAUCAAGGUGUCUGACCAUGGACCGCCGUACUUGGGCCCAGGAUGUUUUACGGUGUCAUCUCUGUGAGACCCCGGGCCCCCCUAUGUACUGUGACAUUUGUCACAUACAUCUGUGCAAAGCCUGUGUGGGGGAACAUCUCUCUGAUGAAUCCAAAGAUCACAAAGUAGUGCCAUUUAAAAAGCGGGGAUUUGCUCCUGAAUGUUUAAAACAUUCCAAAAAAUUAUGUGAACUUUAUUGUGAACAUUGUAACAUUUCUAUUUGUUUAGAGUGUGUUUCUACUGGUGAACAUCUAGGACACAAACAGGUUGAACUCUUGAAAAGCCUUGAAGCAAAGAAAGAAGUAUUACAGAAAGAUUUACAAGAAUUAGAGAAAUUAAUUUAUCCUAAAUACCAAGAAAUUGAAUCUAAUUUCCCAGUUCUAAAAGCUGAUCUGAAGGAAAACUCAAAGAAACUAACAGCAGCUAUUGACAAACAUGGAGACAUUUUGCACAGAGAAAUAGACACUGCUAUCAAUAAACUGAAAUCUGACGUGGAUGAAACGGAAUCCCAACACCUGGUUGCCCUAAAUAAACACGAAAAUGAAAUCAAAUGCAUUUGUACUGAAAUUACUCAGAGUAUUGCUAAUCUGAAGAAGUUAUUGAACUCCAAUGAUGUCAGCCUUGUCUCUGCCUACAAUUCCAGGAAUGCUGAAUUCAGAAGAUUGCCACCUAAACUCACAGUUUCCUUACCAAUAUUCACCCCUCAGAAAAUUAACAAAGAACAGAUUUAUCAGCAGAUUGGUUCAUUGUCGGCGUUAUCUAUUAAAACAGAAGAACAUGGCUACACAAUGGAUUCUCCCGGUGCAGAGUCCUCUCCUCCGGACAGACCACUCAUUGAUGUACCACGGAUCAUCGCAGAUAUAGACACAGAGUAUGGAAAAUCUAAUGAAUUAUGCAGUGUGUCCUGUCUGAGUGAUGAUGAAGUAUGGACGUAUGGUCAGGACAACAUGAUGAGACUCUACAACCUCCACGGUAAACUAGUGAAGUCAAUCCAAACCAAGUCAGGGAAGAUACCAUGUGAUAUAGCAGUGACACAGAGUGGUGAACUAGUUUAUACUGAUCCCAAUGAUAGAACUGUGAACAUAGUGAAGAAUACACAGAUACAGACAGUGAUCAGACUACAGGGGUGGAGACCUCUCUAUUUCUGUUGUACCUCCUCUGGUGACCUCCUGGUUGUCAUGAUCACUAACGAUAAGAAACAAGCAAAAGUUGUGCGUUAUUCUGGCUCCACAGAGAAACAAACGAUUCAAUACAAUGACAAAGGACAACCUCUCUAUUCAUCUGAACCUAAACCUAAAUACAUCUGUGAGAAUAAGAACCUAGAUAUCUGUGUAGCUGACUAUAUAGCCAGUGCAGUAGUGGUGGUCAAUCAGGCCGGUAAACUCCGGUUUACCUACACCGGACCUCCCUCUGCUACCAAGAAACUAUUCAGACCAGUCGGCAUCACUACAGACAGCCAGGGUCGCAUCCUUACACCAGACAUUAACAACCAGUAUAUCCACAUCCUGGAUGAAGACGGACAGUUCCUCCGCUACAUUGACAACUGUCAUUUACAGUAUCCACGGGGUUUAUGUAUGGACACAAGAGACAAUCUGUUUGUGGCUGAGAAGAAAACUGAGUGUGUUUCCUCUGGUGAACAUCUAGGACACAAACAGGUUGAACUCUUGAAAAGUCUAGAAGCAAAGAAAGAAAUGUUACAGACAGAUUUACAAGAAUUAGAAACAUCAAUUUUUUCAAAAUACCAGGAAAUUGCAAUUAACAUUCCAGUUCAAAAAGCUGAACUGAACAAAAACUCAAAGAAAUUGACAGCAGCUAUCGAAAAACAUGGAAACAUUUUGCACAGAGAAAUAGACGUUGCUAUUAAUAAACUGAAAUCUGACGUGGACGAAAUGGAAUCCAAACACCUGGAUGCCAUAAAAAAGCAGGAAAAUGAAAUUAAGCACACUCUUUCUGAAAUCACACAGAGAAUUGUUGAUCUGGAGAAAUUAUUGAAAUCCAAUGAUGUUAGCGUUUUCUCUACCUAUAAAUCCAGAAAUGCUGAAUUUAGCAGAAUGCCACCUAAACUCACAGUUUCAUUACCAAGAUUCACUCCUCAGAAAAUUAACAAAGAACAGAUUUAUGAGCAGAUUGGAUCUCUGACAGCAUUAUUCAUCAAAACAGAAGAAAAUGGAUACACAAUGGAUUCUCCUGGUGCUGAAUCGUCUUUCCUUGACAAACCGAUCAUUGAAGUACCACAUAUCAUCACAGAUAUUGACACAGAGUAUGAAAAAAUUAAUAAUUUACGCAAUGUGUCCUGUCUGAGUGAUGAUGAAGUGUGGACGAGUGGUAAUGACAACAUAAUCAGACUCUACAACCUCCAUGGUAAAAUAGUGAAGUCAAACCAAACCAAGUCAGGGGAGAGGCCACAGGACAUAGCAAUGACACAGAGUGGUGAACUAGUUUAUAUUGAUCUUAAGGACAGAGCUGUGAACAUAGUGAAAAAUACACAGAUAACGACAGUGAUCAAACUACAGGGGUGGAUACCUCUCUAUAUCUGUAGUACCUCCUCUGGUAACCUUCUAGUUGUCAUGGAUAGUAUUUAUCAGAAACAAACAAAAGUUGUCUGUUAUUUUGGCUCCUUAGAAAAGCUAACGAUUCAAUACGAUGACAGAGGACGACCUCUCUAUUCAUAUAAUACUUUCACCAAAUACGUCACCGAAAACAAGAACCUAGAUAUUUGUGUAGCUGACAGUAAAGCUCAAGUAGUAGUUGUGGUCAAUGGGGCUGGGAAACUCCGAUUUAGAUACUUUUGUCGACCUUCCUCUUCUACCAAGAAAUCAUUUGAUCCAGCCGGCAUCACUACAGACAGCCAGAGUCGUAUCUUAAUUGCAGACUAUAACAACAACUGUAUCCACAUAUUGGAUCAGGACGGACAAUUCCUCUGCUUCAUUGACAAAUGUAGUUUACAGCAUCCAUGGGGUUUAUGUGUUGACACCAGAAACAACCUCUUUGUGGCUGAAACCAAGUCUGAGUGUGUUUCUACUGGUGAACAUCUAGGACACAAACAAGUAAGGCUUACACAAGUUGGACUCUUGAAAAGCUUUGAAGCAAAGAAAGAAGAAUUACAGAAAGAUUUACAAGAAUUAGAGAAAUUGAUUUAUCCUAAAUACCAAGAAAUUGAAUCUAAUUUCCCAGUUCUAAAAGCUGAUUUAAAGGAAAACUCAAAGAAAUUGACAGCAGCUAUUGACAAACAUGGAGACAUUUUGCACAGAGAAAUAGACACUGCUAUCAAUAAACUAAAAUCUGACGUGGACGAAAUGGAAUCCAAACACCUGACUGUCCUUAAUAAGCAGGAAGAUGAAGUUAAGCACAGUCUUUCUGAAAUCACACAGACCAUUGCUGAUCUAAAGAUAUUACUGAACUCAAAUGAUGUCAGCAUUGCCUUUGCGUACAACUCCAGGAAUGCUGAAUUCAGAAGAUUGCCGCCUAAACUCACAGUUUCCUUACCAAUAUUCACUCCUCAGAAAAUUAACAGAGAACAGAUUUAUCAGCAGAUUGGUUCAUUGUCGGCGUUAUCUAUUAAAACAGAAGAACAUGGCUACUCAAUGGAUUCUCCCGGUGCUGAGUCCUCUCCCCCGAACAAACCACUCAUUGAUGUACCACGGAUCAUCGCUGAUAUAAACACAGAGUAUGGACAAUCUAAUAAAUUACGCAAUGUGUCCUGUCUGAGCGAUGAUGAGGUGUGGGUCAGUGGUACGGACAGCAUGAUGAGACUCUACAACCUACACGGUAAACUAGUGAAGCCAAUCCAAACCAAUUCAGGGAAGAUACCAGGGGGUAUAGCAGUAACACAGAGUGGGGAACUAGUUUAUACUGAUCCCAGCCAUAGAACUGUGAACAUAGUGAAGGAUACACAGAUACAGACAGUGAUCAGAACACGGGGUUGGAUACCGGACUUUGUCUGUAGCCUCUCCUCUGGUGACCUCCUGGAUUAG